AUGGCUAUGAGUUGGAACAAGAAAAUGCCACCGCGUAUCAGAGGAAGAGGUAGAGGCGGAAAAGCCCCAGUUUUCACAAGUCAUGACCACGAGGCCGGACCAUCACACCGGCGAACUCCUUCAGCAACCAUGAGCUCUAGUCCUCAAGAAGACUGGAGAACGUAUUUGGAACUCGCGAGGCUUUCAGUCUCGAUAAGCUCUUCGCCCUCGUACCACCACUCCUUUGGGCCACAGCUAGAAAACGAGCCCUAUGAUUCUCACCAAUCCUACUUGCCGUUGCAGCGGUCGGGUUCUCAUCGUGCCUUUCAGGACCCGACCCCAUACUUUCAGAGCCGGUACAACCCGGCAAACGUGAGUGAAGAACCAAUGGGCUAUAACCCAUUGGGACCAGAAGACCACUUUCCUAGAGCCCAGGAUAUGGAUAUGGAAGAGGAUCCAGAUCCAGAGCCUGUCGAGCCACCAAUUGGGACGCCCACGCAUCCCAUAGAGAUUUCAGAUGGAUCAUCUUUUCAUGGUUCGCCAUAUAGGGGCCCAGACAGCUUUGUAGAAAGGUGGGCCACCUACCCCUGGGAGUUCACUCCCCCUUUCAACCCACCUCAACAGCAGCAGCAGGAUCCCUCUGAGGAUUCGCGUUUUCAGGCGGUUACGCCACCGCCGCCGCCAGAGCAUCACUACCCGCCGCUAUAUAAAGACCCACAGAUGGGUGGGCCUUCGAACCCAGUUUCAGAGGUCGACUCUCCGCCAGUCGCACCACCACCAGCACCACAAAUGGGUUUUGAUAACCCAAUUCCUUCAUACGCCGGUGCAGCGGCGUAUAACCCUUUUGAGCAGCCAGGCUAUUCUGGCUACAACUACUACGAUGCCCCUAAUGUUGACCCGUAUCUUGUAGCGGCAAACUACAAUGCUCUUCAUCCUGAAGGGCCCUACGCAGCUUCCUACCAGACUGGGUACCCAGCCUAUGGGUAUCAAUAUCCGCCACCUCCUCAACCUCAGUAG